AUGUCCAACCCAUAUAUCUAUAAUAACUACCAGCAAACGUACUCGCCAUCUUUGCAACAGGUGCAAACAAACAGUGGUGGCGGUGGUAACAACACCAGCAGCCCAACGUUUCAUAAUUUGAACUAUAUUCAUCAUCAACAUCAUCCCCAUUUAAAUGGGAUUAGUAUUCCAGAGAAUGCCAAUUUGAAUUCAAAUUCAAACUCUGCAUCUUCGACCACGUCGUCGGUAGGCUCGUCGUAUUCGAACUCCACCAAUGCCACCAAUUAUUCUUUUUCAAAUCCAAGAUUGAGAUAUUAUUUAUCGAAAUCAUUUGAUAUAGAAGAUGACUUGGAGUUUUGUCCAGAUAUUCCAGAUCAUUAUAGCCAAUCCAGUCCUCCACUUAAGAAAUUCAACCCUUACACUGCUAGUGUAUUCAGUCCACAACAAAGUUCUGCCGAAUCCCAAACAAUCAAUCUCAGUCCAGUUACCCAAAAUACCGCUACCGUUGGCAGUAACUCUCCAAGAGCCCAUACUUCAAGAAUUAAAAAACCUUUGGAAAUCAUCAACCCUCAAACUAAAAUGAGAGUUGGUUCUCCUGCUAUUCAUAAUAAAUAA